AUGGAAGAUGGGGAUUCUGAAGAGGAACUGUUGCCAGACAGCGCAAUGGCCAGUGAGUAUCCACAUUUCAACAUAGGAAGGAUCUACGAGCACAAUGACGAGGAACUUCCAGAUCAAGGAAAUGACAUUUUCUGGGAAGACACGUAUUCUGAAAUUGGCUCAGAUGGCGAACAGGAACUUGGACAGGGCCGCGAUGUCACAGAGAUGGAGCGCCCUACCGCAAUGAAGGAAGAAGAAGAGGAGAACGUUGGCCAGUACGACGACAGGAAGUUUUUCGACCGUGUGGAGCAGGACGCCUACGACCAGGAACUCUUUGAAGAGACUGACAACGAGUACUACACCGAAAGCUAUACAGGACCAGAAGAAGGAGAUGAUCCACAGGAGGAAAAGGAAGAGAAGAAGGAAAAGCAGAAGGACCGUGACGAGGACAUCCAGAAAAGGAUAAAGGAAGUCAACGAGGAGAUCCGCGUGAAGGCAAAGGUUACCAAGGAAAAGGAAAGGAACUUCGUGUACCCGACGGACAUGAGCCACGAGUGCAAGUACUACACAGAAGGAGGCCAUGACGAAGACGACGCCGAGUACUGGAACCGUGUGGGAAAGCAAAGCGGCAAAGGAAGAAGAGGAAAAGAGAAGGAGGAUUGCUCGAGAGAAGUUGGAGAAGGAAGCAGGAAGCAGGAGGAAGCAGAAGCAGAAGAAGGAAGAAGCAGCAGCAGCAGAACAGAAGAGGAGAAAGGAAGAAGCCGCAGCAGCAGAGCAGAAGAGGAGCAAGGAAGCAGCAGGAACAAGCCCAGCAAAGGAAAAGGAAGACAGACUGAAGAAGCUCGAGAGCAUGGUGGAGACCUGGUGCAGGAAAAGCAAAAGGACAGGGAGACAAUCGCCAAGCUCAAGCAGGAUAUCCAAAGUUAA